GGCCUACGUCAUCAACCAAAAUGAAGUCACACGUCUAAAAUGCUGGGGUGGUAUUCUCGGUGACUCUGCACCACAACCCGAGAGUAAAUGUUCCCUCUGCAACAUCGUUACUCUAGCAACAGCGAAGAGAAGUCGGGAGAACUGGAGCUAUUCUUUGCUCGAGUUUGUUCGAGUCGAAUUUCAGAGCAUCUGAAUGAACUAAAAUAAAAACGAAUAAGAACAGAAACGACUCGUAAACGAAACUGAGUGGAUUAAGACGAAGAAGAAAAAACGAAAUUCACCUGUUGGAAGUGAAAGUCUCGGGGAUGGUUUCUACCGAGAAAACCACUAAUUUGUGAAUUAUAUCACGUUCCACGAGUGGUUUGUUGAACUGUACGGGAGAUUCCAGGUGUUUCUGGGACGCAAUGAACGUUGCCGAGCUCAAUCAGAACUUGUCUGUACGUCGAUUAACAAGAGCUCCAAGCCAUGUGAGAUCUACCUAGAGCCGUCAUAUUUACAAGUCAGUUUAUAUUACCAAGAGCGAGACGGGCACCUACACGGAAAAAAAAAAGAAGAGCGAGAGAGGGCGACACUGAGAGACAGACAGAAAAAAUACAAGGUCUGGUGGAACCACAGAGACGUCGAUCUAACCCUAUCCAGACUACAAGACAGCCUGCUGUCCUCCCGCCUCCUCCCUCACACCCAGCCGAGCGACAGAUUUCAAGGAGACAAUGGGUCCGGAGAGGAAUCGCCGUAUCGCAAUCGUCCUGAUCAUGUCGGCGCUGCUGCUUUUGUCGUCGUGGCUCGAGGAUGAUGACCCCAGGGACUCACAGAGUGGAGUCAGAUCCUCCGUCAAGUCAGCAGCGCGCCGUCUGGGCCGGUCCCUGGGAGCCCUGGAGGACGACACCAAGAAGUCGAAACUCCUGCAGCAGGAGACGUCGAAGAUCAAGCGAGAUUACGGCCACUUGCUCCGCGACGAAGAAGCAGACGAGGAACACGAGGACGACGAAGAGGCCUACUUCGCCAAAACUUUCAAGGGGAAGUCGCAGAUUUACAUCCGAACCACAGCCUUCCACUUCGACCUACACGCUUGCCUGCCCAAAUUCAUCUGCGAAAUUCAUGCUCACCACGUCUCCAGUGACCUGACGGAGCUCGAAAAGGAUAUCAUUGGCUUAUUCAGGAACUACGUCGUGCUGGAAGGCCCUGGUUCCCCGGUCUACACGUACCAGCUGGCAGCCCACAUGGGCCAGCUGGUAACGGGUCUGGAUCCCUCUCCCUGUCAGGACCUGUAUCCCUUGUGUCCGCUCUCCAGACACCAGCUCCUCGACAUUCUGAGAAACGUGAAGACUUCCAGGAGGAUGUUCUACUAGUUCCAGGGAACGACAACGGCGGCGGCGCACAAGCUUUUGGGAAGUUGACGAGUUCGAAAAAGAUUUUAUCAGUGACGCGGAAUGGAGAGGAUCUGUCACGACUUCAUCCUGGUGUCUGAAUACGUAAUGAAGCUCUUACGAAUGAAAUUUGGAGUCUGGUUCUACAGCAAAUACUCACAUCAUCCAGAAGGGGUCAGGGAAGGGGAAAAAUAUAUGCAUUCCAGUAUUGUGAUAAUCCUUGCAACAUUCCUGCCCGUGGUAGCUAUUCGUCCAUCAAGAUGAUGUCUUGCAAUCUUGCAAAAUCUAAGCAUCUGCAGUUGCCCUCUUGCGCCUGAGAUACUUAGAGAGCCAAGUGUGAUAGUAAUCAGGGAUGCCAUUCCUACAUUUAAGUUACACGUAAGACAAAGGUUCAUAGAUCAGUAGUGCCUCUGGUAUAAUCAUCUUCUAACGAAGAGAUGGUUUUAAUCAAAAGUGUGAAAUCAGACGACUCCAGAAUGUCUAAAGUAUGACCUUCAUGGCGUUUCUUCUUUUCUGACCAUUGUGGUCACAUAUAAGUGAACUGACGGGUGAUCAGGGUAGCCUUAGAGUUUAAGAUCCAUUCCGAGAGCAAGAUAUAAAAUGAUAUAUGUAGAAUAAUGAAUAUAUAUAUAGAGUUUUGGCCAAAAGCCAAGAACUGUGACCUACGAGGUCAUUCAGAGCUGGAAAGGAAAUUGAGAGUAGGUAGGAAGGUGUAACAAGAGGAAAACCUGAAAUCAUUAUUAGGACAGUGUGGAUAGCCACAUGGAAGAGAGUUAUGAAUGGAGGUACAGUAAAAGAAAUGAAAGGCGUUGCAGCUAGGAGCCGAAAGGAGGCUGCAAAGAACCUUGAGUAAUGCCUACAGUGCACCCCGUGAGGUGCAAUGACGGCACUACCCUUAUACGGGGCAUAAUGAUAUAUUUAGGUGAGCGGGAUAAGGAUAGAAUCGAAACAGUACUUGCAUCUCUCUGUCGAUACCGAUAAAGCUUCCAUAUUUCAGCUAGUCAUAGUUUCCCCCCCUUCCCCCAAAACUAGUCUUGCAUGAUGAAUUUUAUGCAAGUGGCAAAUAUAAUAAUCAAACGAUAAUUAAAAAAACAUACAUGUCGCUGGUCGUCUUCAAUAAACCAAAAGUUUGAUAUUGUGGUAACAGUUCCUUUUAAUCCUUUUUGUUUUAAAUGAUCUUCCACUUUCUACGAUUUCCUUCACAUGACUUAAUAUAUAUUCUUUUAUUCAGGAGAAUAAUAAAAAGACGUUUAUCAAUGCAGACCUGACCACGCAAGAGAACCGUCAUGAGAAUUAUGACCGGACGAACCAAACGAAUCGCAAAGUCGAUGAAUUAUUCGGAACUGAUGGAAACACGACGAUAGUCAUUUGUUUUCUGUUCGUUUUUGUAUAAGUUCCUAACUAGCGACCGCCUGUUACAUCAUCGGUCGAUGUCGUCCGCGCAUUUUUCUGUCGUCUUUGUAAAGGGUCCGCUAUUUAAUAAUAAUAAUAGUAGUGAUAAUAAUUAUAAUAGUUAAAAAGCCAGUCGUUAUAUUCAUGAGAAUGAACUUUCUGGGAUCAAUCUUGCCAGGGAAAUGAAAUUAGCAAAUGAUACUAAGCCAAUCAAGUUGAAGAUCAGUGACGAUGACAGCAAUGUACUGCAUUUUGCAUAAUUUAAAAAAUGCAUUAAACAAAAUGGUAUAUUUCAUUCUUUAGGUGACGUAAGAUGUGCUCAAUUAUGUACUACAGAAGUCACAAUUCGAGAUGCUUUCUAAGGGAGCACAGGGAGGCUGACGAAACAAAACCAUUCAUUCGAGUCUUUUGCCAACCUCCCUUUGCUAGUCUAGAUGCGAUCAGAGGGACUUAUUUUUUUAUACUCAUUUUAGAGGUACAGCAAUCAUGUUUGUUAAGCUAAUUAUAGCGUGUUCUUUUUACUAUGUAUACCACGGAGUAAAAUCUAAGAACUACUAAAUGAAACAGGUUGAGAUAUUCAUUUGUAUUCUAGUAGUUGGUCAACUAAUUUUGCUUACUGAAACUGUUGAAUUUUUGUUGUUGUUGUCUAUUGUACUUAGCUUUUCAACAGAUGACGAUCCCACGCUAGGUUUGCUUUACAAGCAUGUUACUGUAUGAAAACAUAUUCAUUUAAUAUUUACUUACUGUGUACAUACUUACAAUAUUCUGAUGUAUUAUGUUAAGUUUAUAAAUUCAGUAAAACAAUAUUUGUCUUCA